AUGUGGGUUGAGCUGGCCAUGCCAAGAAUAGACAAUAGCAUUGGAGUAGUUCUUCUUCGUAACAUACAGGAUGUCAGAUAUUUGAUUGAGGACCUUCUCGAAUUAAAGCCAACCUUCUUUUGUGGAGUUCCUAGAGUUUUUGACCGUGCAUACACAGGUAUAAUGGAUAAGAUCUCUUCUGGAGGUGCGCUAAAGAAGACACUGUUUCAAUGUGCUUACAACUACUUACUGAGGAAUCUCAAGAAGGUAUUGCAAGAAAACAAAGCGACCCCUCUCUUGGACAGGCUGGUUUUUUACAAGGUCUUACAGAAAGCUGUGGCGGAAUGUGUUCUCUAUGACGGGAACUGUUGGUGUGCCCAUGCCAACCAUCAAGGCAAGGCUUGA